GCCGGGUGGGGGUGGGGCCAGCCGCGUCCGGCGCUGCAGCGGCGGGGUUUGCAGGUGUCCGGGCUGGCUGGCUCUGCACACCUAGGAAGCAUGAAGCUCCUGUCUUUGGUGGCCGUGGUCGGGUGUCUGCUAGCGCCCCCAGCUCAAGCCAACAAGAGUUCUGAAGAUAUCCGGUGCAAGUGUAUCUGUCCACCUUACAGAAACAUCAGUGGGCACAUUUACAACCAGAAUGUGACUCAGAAGGACUGCAACUGCCUGCACGUGGUAGAGCCCAUGCCGGUGCCUGGCCACGACGUGGAGGCCUACUGCCUGCUGUGUGAGUGCAGGUACGAGGAGCGCAGCACCACCACCAUCAAGGUCAUCAUUGUCAUCUAUCUGUCAGUGGUGGGCGCCCUCUUGCUCUACAUGGCCUUCCUGAUGCUGGUGGACCCUCUCAUUCGAAAGCCAGAUGCCUACACUGAGCAGCUACACAACGAGGAGGAAAACGAGGACGCCCGCUCUGGGGCAGCGACUGUCACAUCCCACGGGGGACCCCGAGCCAACACUGUCCUGGAGCGCGUGGAAGGUGCGCAGCAGCGCUGGAAGCUGCAGGUGCAGGAGCAGCGGAAGACCGUCUUCGACCGGCACAAGAUGCUCAGCUAGACGGACCGGCACCGUCGGGUCAGGGACCCAGGCCAUGCUGCCAGCUUCCGAGGCUGGACAGAGCCGGGGAGGCUCCUCUUCCCUCAGCGCGUCUUCCCUUUAAAAGCCAGUGGCGUUUUUCCUGCUUCUCUCUCUCUUUAGGAAUGUUGUAUUCAUCUGUGUUUAUGAAGGAGCAUGGUGGGGUCUCAGGGAAGGGGAAAGCAGGCCAGAAGGAAAUGGAGGCCUUGGAGGUGGACUCUGCCCCUCCUCACUCUGCCUUGGCUCCGCCCCUACCAGCUCCACAUCUGGGAGGCUGCUCCACACCUGGUGGCCUGUUAACCCCUUGCAGGUAGAGCUGCCCAGCACUCACCUGUGCCCUUGGCUCUUUUGGCUCAUUCCCACUCUUCCAGCCCCUGCCCAGCCUGCCUGUAGCGCAGGGACGGUGCUGGUCCACAGAGCUCGCAGUGGUGCCCCGGCCACCAGCACUGCCUGAUUCCCUCUCCCCAGCUCCUCGCCCACAGACACCCGGGCGGGCAUGCGGCCCCGCGGCCCCUGCCGCCUGUCCUCUUGUUCCUUUCUCGGGAGGCCAUGCAGCAGCACCACCACCCCUUCUCAAUCUGCAGCUGCUAAGCCAGGAAGUGGGUUGGAGCACGCAACACGAGGCUGAGCAGCGGGCUCAACACCGCUCCUGUCCUUGCUCACCCCUCGUCCCUGAGUUUCCUGUACCGUGCAUGGAGAGAAAUGUGUGUCCUUCUGUUGUCUUAGAGCAGUCUGUAAAUCAAGGAAGCCAUCAUUAAAUUGUUUUUAUUUCUCUCA